GGAUUACAUGCUGCAAAAUUGGGGCAGAUGCAUUCUUUUAAAAAUAUGUAUAUUGAAAUCCUGCUUUAAAUGCAAAAUAGAACCCAGCCUUAACUGGUAUUGCAGUGGCUCUGCCAUAAUAUCAUGGGUGGAUCAGUGAAUCCUGGGACUACAACUGACAUGCUCUCCAUAAACACCGAUCUUCCCAAAUCACCCAGUAACCUGGACGCCAGUCAUCUACAGAAACUUAUUCAUUUGCUUGAGUCCACGGAUGAUCCAUUAAUUCAAGAACAAGCCUUGGUCACUCUGAGCAACAGUGCUGCCUUCUCUGUAAAUCAAGAUACAAUUCGAAAUUUGGAUGGCCUUUCUGUUAUUGGAAAGAUGCUCUCAAAUUCCAUUCCCAAAGUUAAAGAAAAAGCACUAAACACACUUAAUAACUUGAGUAUGAAUGUUAAAAAUCAAGAAGAGAUAAAGGUACACAUUUUACAAGUCUGUAAGGAGAUUGAGUUAUCACCUUUGAACUCUGAUCUGCAGCUAGCUGAACUUAGAUUAUUAACAAAUAUGUCUGUUACCAAUGACUACCACCAUAUGAUGACAAAUGCAAUUCCGUGCUUUCUUCAUUUGCUUUCAGAAGGAAACGAAAGGACACGGAUUCAAGUUCUGAAAGUACUUGUGAACUUAUCUGCAAACCCAGCCAUGACAAGACAUCUUUUCAGUGUUCAAGCACCAUCAUUGCUUUCACUUUUUGACAACUGCAUAAACAAAGAUAUUCUUCUUAGAGCCCUGACGUUUGCCUCAAAUUUGAAUGAGAAUAUGAAAAAUGAAGAGCGCAUCAUUACCCAGGAUCAAUACAGUGAAGAUUCAAUUUUUUCUCUGCUCUGUGGGCAUUCUUCCCAAUAUGCUAAGAAACUGGUAUGUUUAUUGCAUCAUCAUGAUACAGAAGUGAAAGAACAAGUUGCCAAAAUAAUAACACAACUAAGAGGAGAUUCUAAGACCAGAUACUCUGGUAAAUUACAAUAAUAGAAAGUGUUUAUAUUCAAUGCUAAAAUGAAUUGCCUUUCAUGAAAGAGUGAAGUUUAACCCACCACUCUUAUUUUGCUGAGCACAAUUACAUUACUGUAAGCAAGACGGCUUACAAUGCAUUUAAUACACAGUCUGUUAGAGAUUCUCUUUCGAGUAAUGUAAGACAAUGGUCUGUUUAGUACUGACAGUCUCCUGAUAGCACAAAACUAGUGUGUGUACAUGAUAGAGGAAAGGCACUUUGGGGCAUGGAAAUAUUUUCAUUUCAAAUUUACAGUAAGUUAUGAAACAGUGAGCUCAACUUUUAAAAAAGUGAACCUUAAAGUGACCUGUUAAUGUUGCAAACAGCAUUUUCAUUUAUUAUGCAGCUAUAAACAUUCACUCUAGGCUGUAAUGUGUGAUAGAUUUUGAGCAGUGAAUUUGUCACUUUAAGAAAGGUUAGGCCAUUUAAAUUUUAGCAGUGUAAUUCUAUUAAUUUUACUAUGCACUUGCAGGGAAAUACUGGAACAUCUAUUAAGUAAAAUUAAUCUCCACAUUAUUACUUGGAUGAAAUCAUAAUGAGAUUAGUCAAAUUAUAUAAACAUCUUUUGAAGGGAACUAGAAACAAAUUUAACAAGUGGUUUAUAAGAAUUAUAUUACCCUCUUAAUUGCAAAGUGCAUCAACUCAAAAAACAAAUGCAGACACUUUGAAUAUAUAAUGUAGAACAUGUAGUAGAAAACAUCUUGUACUGAAACAAAGCCACUAAAAAUCCUUGAGCAAAGAAUUAUAGUGGCACAGUUAUGUCACUAUAGCUAAGGUUGCAUCUCAACUUUUGUUUAAAGGUCAGCCUUUCUAAAUCCUUUAAAAUCAACAUGCUUAGUUGGAUUCCUCUGAAAUUUGGUGUGCCUUGGGCGAUGAAUGGCAGGGUUAUUGAUGUGGAGAUAUAAGCCCCAGAAAAAGUUACCAUUUUUCAAAAUGUUAUUUUUUGUUUUUUUACACAGAGCUAGGGCUCAAACUGUUGAUGUGGGUCAAAAUAGUCUGAGUUUUACACAAGCUAGUGCAUGGCACCCACUAAAUCUUAGGGGAGCCCAAAAUGAGUGGUAUUUAAGAAUGUAUAUUUACAGUGCAAAUGCACCAAUACAGAAAAAUGUUCCUGCCAUUUUAUAUGCUUUAUAGCUCAAUUAUUGUAAGUGAUCUAAAAUUAGGUUAUUUGAAUGGCUUUGAAAUUUGCUGUGCUCAUGGGGGCACAGAGGGUUAGUGACCCUAACUUGGAGUCAUUUGACCAAGGGGUUUCCUGAGUUACAGACCUCUACCCCCAAAUAACUGUUUCCUUUUGCUGCCAUAUUCUGUUAUACUGAGAGGUACUAAUGACUGGAUAACUCACAGACCUCAUUGAGAUUGAUGGCUGUGCACUCAUCCUUCAGUUAACAUAGCCAAGGAUAAGUAAAUCACAAGCCCCCACUUAAGACCAAAAAGAGAUUGCUACAAUUUCUGAGUCAUGGGUGGCAGGUUGUUGGGUUUUUUUUGGUGGGGGGGAAUAUAAUCGUAUCUUUGGAUGGGGGCGGCGGGAAGAAGUAGACAUGUGAAUGCUUCCUUGGAGGGGAGAGGUAUUAAGGGGCAGUGGAAUAGGGGGAGGGAGUUGUAUGGGGAUGAGGGAAGUGUGGCACCCCCAAACCACCAGUGCACCCCAAUUUCCCUACACUCCACAACUCUGUCAGUGUGUCCCAACGUAUGCACAAACUGCACACAUCCACCAUUUCAAUUAGUCUGUGAACUCUUUGGGGCAGGGACUGUCGUAUAGUGGGGCAGGAGCACCAUUGUACUUUAGGUUGUCACAUUUGUUUAAAGGUCAAACUUUGUCUUCUAAAAUUGACAUGCUUAAUCAGAUUCCUCUGAAAUCUGGUGUGCCCCAGAAGACUGCAAAGUAGGGUUAGUGACCCAAAUGUAGGGUCAUUCGAGCUAGGGGAUGUAGAGAUAUAGGCCCUGAAAACAGCUAUUUUUCAAAAAUUGUAGAUGGAUUUUUUUGGUGUUUGUUUUUUGCACAGAGCUUGUACCUGAAUUAUUGAUGUGAUGCAAAUCAAAAUAGUCUGUCUUUUGAGUUUUACCCAAGGUAGUGCAUGGCACCCACUAAAUCUUUGAGGGACCCAAAUUGAGAGUGGUAUUUAAGAACAUGUUCACCUUCACUUGUGUAGAUGUGUAGUCUGGAAGGAUUGCAGUAAGCAUGCAUCAAAAAAGAAAGUGAUGGAGUUUCUAUGCAUCCACUUCAUGUUUGCUUCAGUCAUAAGAACGUGCCACUGCCAUGGCCUUGGUGAACUACCCCCAACUGGUGGUUCCAGUCCAAACCUUUGUACACCUGUGUAAUAAAGAUUUAAUAAUUCA